AGAUCAUCAGACGAGGAAGAAAAUAUAGCAGACCACGUGAGAGCCAUGCCGAAAUCCAAGAGAGACAAGAAAGUGUCUUUAACCAAAACAACAAAGAAAGGGUUGGAAUCCAAACAAAACCUCAUUGAAGAGCUGCGGAAAUGUGCAGACAUCUACAGGUAUGUGUUUGUGUUCUCAGUAGAGAACAUGAGAAACAACAAACUAAAAGACAUCAGGACAGCCUGGAAACACAGCAGGCUUUUCUUCGGAAAGAACAAGGUCAUGAUGAUCGCGUUGGGAAAAGGACCAACCGAUGAAUACAAAGAUAAUCUGCACAAGGUGAGCAGGUUUCUAAGAGGAGAAGUUGGCGUGUUAUUCACAAACAAAACCAAAGAUGAGGUGCAAGAGUAUUUCAGUAACUUUAAAGUGAUGGAUUACGCUCGUUCCGGUAACAUAGCGACCAUUGCAGUGACGCUGGAUGAGGGGCCGCUUGAACAGUUUCCACAUUCAAUGGAACCACAGCUGAGACAGCUAGGCCUUCCUACGACUUUAAAGAAAGGUGUGGUGACGCUGAUAAAGGAUUUUGAAGUGUGUAAAGAGGGAGACACACUCGCUCCCGAACAGGCUCGAAUUCUGAAACUCUUUGGAAUCGAGAUGGCGGAAUUCAAACUGUCGAUUAAGUGCAUGUGGAACUCCGAGUCUGCCGACUUUGAAAAGAUGACGGAGGGUGAAGAUGAAGAAGAGACCAGGAAAGAGGAAGAAGACUUAGAGGAAGAUGAUGAAGGAAAUUAAUAAAA